AUCAGGACAGAGCCGAAACAAUCACUCCUUUUUAAGUAUGUAAAAAAGUGAAAACCAAAACCCCAACUUCAAAAUUUCUCAGUGUCACACGAAUUACCCGUUCAACCAAUCAACAUUCCAGAAAAAAAAAUCGAAAAAGAAAAAGAAAACAAAGAUCAAAGAGCGUGAACAUUUUCAUUUUGUUGGAACACUAUAAGCAAAACAUGCGAGUAGCCAUAGCCAAAGGCACCAUCUUUCCCGCACACCCAUCUUCAUUUCGAUUUCUUCAAAAUGCAGAGCUUACUAUUCUAAUUCUUCCUUGUUUCCUCGCAAGAAUCUUAAAGAUCCCGCAAACCCCAAAUCCAUUUAUUCGUCAAUUCAUCCGAAUUGAUAUCAAUCUUCAUAAUCUUCUUCUGUUUCCCCCUUUUCAGAUCAGGAAAUGGGGCCUCUUUCAUGGUAUUUGAAGAUGCUUGAUGUUCGUCCGCUCUACACGAAGAGCAUCUCCGCUGGCUUGAUCUACGCAGCUGCUGAUUUGACUGCACAGAUGAUGACCAUGGAAUCUUGGGGUUCUUUAAACAUAAUAAGAACAUUACGCAUGUCAAUGUUCGGGCUCUUUUUUCUAGGGCCCGCACAACAUGUAUGGUUUAAUUUCUUAGGAAGAAUCCUACCAAAACGAGACAUGACUACCACCUUCAAGAAGUUAGUUGUUGGUCAAAUCUUUUACGGACCCACUUGCACCGCCGUUUUUUUCAUUUACAACGCGUUUCUACAAGGUGAAAGUGCUAGUGAGGUUGGUUCAAGAUUAAGGAGAGAUCUUGUGCCAACUUUAACGGGCGGUCUUAUGUAUUGGCCGGUGUGCGAUUUCUUCACUUACAAAAUCAUCCCCGUUCAUUUGCAGCCAUUAAUGAAUAGUUCGUUUUCAUAUUUGUGGACUAUAUACUUGACGGGUGACAAUCGAUCCCUCAAGAGCACAGUUUUUGUGCAGGUGGAUGGAAUUUGGAGAAGCAUAUGAUAUAAUAAAAUGGGUUAAAAGUAGUUGAGAGUUGUUCUAUAUUAAGGUGCUAUAGAAUGGAAGUGUAUGAACUUGACUGCCGUACGAAUAAAAAGUUUGUUCUAAAAGAUUCUUCAAGGGUAGUUUUGUCUUUUAAGCUUGGCAAAUUCAGGCAGGUAGAUCACACUUUUCAACAUUCUCACCUGUCUACUGAGUGCAUUUAGGGAACUCAUGGACAUGGUGUGAUUUUCAUUUUUCAGUGCUUUUGUGUUAGAGUUUCCUAUACAUAAAAUUGGAUUGUUUAUUAAAAUUUACGCACUCAAU